GUCCCAUAAGAGCGCUGUGGGGGGGGGGGCGCGGCUAUAGCUGCCUUUUGAUUUGCCGCGAAACAGCAGGUCACAUUCAAAUCGUCGGCUUUUACAAUUCUUAUGUAGAAUUUAUUUACAGCAUUUUGUACAUUAUAUCAGGCAACCGUUACGCUGAAAAUGCCGACAAGAGGCGCAUAUAAUGAACUGUGCUGAAGUGCAUGGCCCCUUAGACCGCGCCCACAGAGAUAACGUCACUCUGAACGUGCGACGCGGCGCGGUUCCUCGGCUCCGUCCGCGGGGCAAGACAACGUUUUGAGCGCCUUUUUUUUGUUUUUUACCUCCAUGUCUUGUCAAAAACGGUCGUUGGGGGUACAAGGCAGCAUUUUACCCAGAUAAAUAACCUUCCCGAUUCAGUGUAUUACUUUUUUGUAAUCUAAUGGUUGGAUAGACGUUUGUUUUGAAGAACCAGAAAAUGGUCUCCUUCAGCUUGAUGUCAGUUGGGGCCAGCCUCCUGAGCAAGCCGCUGGGUUUCCUCACGGGCGUCUCUGUUUUCAGGAUCUCCGCCGCGAUUAAAAGUUUCAGCACCACCUCGGACGGUCCGCCGAAGAGGCCCAAGACCAGCUACCUGCAUUUCGUGCAGCAGCAGUGGCCGGUCGUCUCCAGGCAGCAUCCAGAUGUGAAAAUUGUUGAUUUAAGUCGAAAGAUCGCACAGCAAUGGAGGGAGUUGACACCUGAGCAGAAAAAGCCCUUUGAGGAGGCGUCAUCUGUGGCCAGGAAGCAGUAUAAUGCUGAGAUGGAGCAGUACAAGGCGCAGCUCAGUCCAUCUCAGGUCGCUGCUCUCAAGGAAGCCCGGAGAGUGAAGAUGGCAAAGAGGAAAGCCGUCCGCAAGAGGAAGGAGUUAAAAAGCCUGGGUAAGCCCAAAAGGCCCAAGACCGGCCUCUUCAUCUUCAUAGCGGAAAAAUACCCAGAAACCAAGGGAGCCACAAUGCUGACAAAGACAAAAACAUUAAUGGAGGAAUGGAAGAAGCUGAAUACCACACAGAAACAGGUAUACUUGCAGCAAGCCGAGGAUGAGAAAAUUCGCUACAAAAACGAAAUGAAGGCGUGGGAGGAGCACAUGCGAGAGAUCGGAAGGGUGGACCUGAUCCGGGGUUCCGUCGGCCGCGUGAAGAAGACGGCCUCCCGCCAGAAGCCGAAGAUGAAGUCCAGCGUGAAAACUAUCAGGACUAAGGGGACUGUAAGAGCAGCAGGUGCUAAGACUGCAGCCACCUCCGCUGGCAGCAAGACGGUGAGGAAAGGGAAAGCUGAAGAGUGACGUCACGAGGGGACACGCUGGGGCCAGAAAGGAAGGUUCCACCCUGAAUAAAACCACUCUGCAAAGAUGUGCUCCUGAGUGUUAGCAUGCCUGGCUAUUACAGGGCAUAUGGCUUAAGCCUGUUUGAACCAGUGUCGUAACGGAUCAGUACACACAAUGCAGAUUUGUAAAUAAUGGCAAAUGAAGACUUUUUCUUUUUUUCUUGUACUUCCAGUAGUCAAAAAUACUACAACACAGUAUUGUUUAAAAUGUGUCUAUUGACAUAACCAGUAUGUAAAAAAAAAAAAAAAAAAAAAAAAAAAACUGAUUUACUAGGUAAAUGCAUUUAGUAUGUGUUUAUGGUUAAAACGUCACAUUUUUCACGUCUUUCAACGAUGUAAUAAAUAACUAUUUUCUACUGAA